GUUGUAAGACCUGAGGAUGUCACUUGAGCUUUGAGAAAAAGUUUAACAAUUUCAAGGCAUUAUUCAGAAAUAAUCAAAUAAUUAAGAGAAGGACGAGUAGACUCAUCCUCAAUAGAAGUAAUUAUUAGUUACAGUCUUACCUCUUUGAAUGACUCCCAUCUUUUUUGCGUUUUUGGGGAGAUCUCACAUUUUGCAGUCGUUUGUACAGCUGUGUAAACACAGUGACCUGGACAAGACACAAUUAAAACGUUCAUCAAAUUGCUACAUUAAGUGGCCAGGCGGAGUCUCUUUGGUCAUCAAUUCAAUGUGUGUCACAUACCCAUGUAUUCUUCAGGCCUUUAUCCUGCAGCAUUGGGUAAUAUUGUACUAUUCUUUUUGCCAUUGCUGUAAUUUCUGGUUUUGAUGGGUAUCUGUCUGAUCCUUCAUCCCCUCUUGCCCUCAGAAUUGCCAUCAUACUGGUCAUGGUGUUUCGGAUGAGUCUGCAUCUGAGUUCCUUUGACAUAUGGCAGGUGCUUUCUAAGCCCGUUUUAGACAACUCGAAGUACUGUUUUCGGACUUGCUCAAGUUCAGUGUCGGUGUGCAACACAUAUUCCGGGAAUGAUAACUUCACAACUUUUUCAGGGGUUGUGUACUUUGCAGGCUUUGCUUUUAAAGAAGUCAAUGUUUUUGGCAUCGGUGAAUCAUUAAUCGAGGAAUUUCCAGAGUGUUCUUGGACAGUUUGCUGCAACAUGAAAGAUAAUGUGGAAGUGGAAAAUGCACAAUUUAAUUGUGUUACGAUGAACAGCAAUGCAGAAUAAUAAGUGGUGAUUAUUUUAAGUCAUAUGACUAAGAAACUGACAUCCUCUGACACAUCAUGACACAAACUCCACACUGCUUUUCUCCGAAAAAAGUUCUCUGGGCCUGGAAAAAGAUCCCGCAAGUCUUCUCGAGACAAGGUGCUCAGCAUUUCCUCGCUGAUGUUUGCAGCUACAUUGGAAAGCACAUAUUAAAAUGAAUCAGUGCCCCGAAAUAUGUACAUAUAUAACAAUAUGUUGAAUCUAAAAAAAAAAUCUAAUAAAUCGGCAUAAUUUUACCUUAUGCUUUUUAAUCUUAAGUCGGUCGACUAAUCAUACUAAAGCAUCCUAACUGUGCAUUUUACCUUAAAAGCUUGUAGACAUAUGUUUAAAAGUAAUACUUUUUUUUCAACUUUACUAUUGAUUUACAAAAUACAGUAAUAGUAACAGUGCAACAAGCAAUAUGAUGAGCUUCACAUUAAUAACAAUUGGAUAACAGAUAGAUGUAACAACAAAAUAAAUACAUAUAGAAUUAAGAGAUAGAGAUAAAAAAUAAUAAUGAUAAUUUAAAAAAAAGAAAUUAAAAAAGUAAGAUACACCAGGGGACAUGGGCAAUGAAAAUUAAAGUGAAUCAAAUAUAUUAAAGUGGGAGCAUAGAUUUAUAGUUUUGAUAGCUUUCUUGUUAUUAGCAGAGGAUAUUGACUUGAAAUACAACUCCAUGUUUAAAAGAAAUACAUUACCUCUUAAAACUGAUGCGGUGACAUCAUCCAGUCCCUCCAUGCUAAUGGUUAAGCUAGCUGGUUCGCUUAGCUAAGUUUAACUUGCGCACAAGAAGUUCUCUGUAACACAAAAUAUAGUCAUACAUAAGAGUUAAAAGGCGACAUAUAUGGCGACGUAAACUCGAAUUGACAAUACAGGACAUAGCGUCGUUACUUACUUGAGGAGACACUCAUCCAAUUAAGUGUUGCUGGUUCCAACGGUUCAAAUUAGUGGACGUCGAUACAGCGUAAAUGGCGCGCAGGUAAGGUGACGCACAUAGCCGUAAAUCCAUGGUUGACCUCGGUUGACCUGCUGCAAAGUGGUGCCGGCGGGAGUUACCAUAGCAACGACUGGAUUACGGCCGUCAGAAUUGCCGCAGCAGCGCAUCCUUAGCUUUCUAUCGUCUUUUCGAAUCCUCUUUUUGUCCAACAUGAUUUGGCGUUGUUUCUUGUGUUACAUAUUUGUGGCGCUGACUCUAAAACAGUUGUUGAGUCACAUUAAUACCAUGCACAGUCGCAGCCCGGACUUUCGCGUAGUGUGUGGGAUUGAUGGCUGCUCGAGUGAGUACCGGGUGUAUAACUCCUUCUUCUAUCACGUAAAGCGAACGCACGCGCACCAUCUUCUCCAAGUUCAAGAAACCGAGGAGGUCGGAUCGUCUGGACAGCCACAACCAACCGGACUGAUGAUAAUAAUCCUGCAGUCGAGGUUGAUGGGACACAUGGAACAGUAAGUCCGUAUUUUUUCAUUAGCCAAAGACAGAGCACUCGUGGCUACAAGUGUUUAUUUUUGUGCAAAUAGUUAUUUGCGCUAUGAUAAUAAUAAGAAUAAUAAUGAACAUCUAAUAGUUAUUCUGUUUACACAUUUUACAGUUGCCAAUAUUAGAAAAACAAUCAAAUAUUUUGGUAAGAUAUUUUUGUUUUAUAUGAAUCAGAAAUCUGUGAUAUAUUUUUCAGUCACCACGCUUAAUUGAAACGUGUAUAGAACUAAGGACAAAUACAGUUAUCAAAUUACUGGAUAUAAUUUUUACACAUUUUCAAGGUCAACAUUUUCCCUUUUAUAAUAUGAUUCUUGUUAAUCUGUUUCAGCAUGAAUUGCAAGAACCUGCCCAGGGUUGCAUGAAGGCUAACCUUUCUAAACAUGCAACUGCAUUUCUUCUCCAGGCCAGAAAAACCCAGAGACUGACACAGAGAGCUGUUAACCAGAUGGUGAGUGGAGUCCAGCAAUAUCAAACAGCAUUAUUGGAGCACCUGAGUCAUCAAAUGAAGAGCAUCUUUGGGAGUCAUUCUGGAGACCUGGAUCAACUAAAGAGUCAUGCAAUGAGCGUAUUUGACCAGUUUGUUGACCCUUUUCGCUAGAUUGCUACAACACAUUUGCAGGACAAGACCAUCAAAGAACUGUUACAUCCAGUUGAACCAGAAAUUGUUACUGCAAAACAAACAGUGUCUUAUGUGAAGCGUGGAGAUUCCAGAGUUCUUGCCAUAAAAAAACAUUGUUUUUACUACAUACCAUUAGUUAAAAGUUUGGAGCAGCUGCUUUCACAUCCUAAAAUUCUUGAAAUGAUCAAUGAGGGGCCAGAGUCCUGCAAGGAUGUUUUUUUUAAUGAUUUCAUUGAUGGGGACAUUUUUAAGUCACACCCUCUGUUUUUGAAAGUUCCCACAGCAUUGCAGUUAAUUUUAUAUACAGAUGAAAUUGAGCUUUGCAAUCCUCUUGGUUCUCGUGCAAACAAAAACAAAUUGUUAUUGAUUUAUUACACUUUAGGUAACAUCAACGCUAAAUACAGAUCAAGACUCGCUGCCAUUCGUCUGCUUGCCAUGGUAAAAUCUAAAAAUCUUUCCUGUAUUGAUAAAAUACUUGAGAGGAUUAACCAUGAUUUGAUCGAGCUGUAUAAUGGUGUUCGGGUUGAUACUUCAAAUGGCGAGAGGACAAUUUAUGGGGCACUUUUGUCUGUGUGCGGAGACACUCUUGCUCAACAUGAAGUGGCUGGAUUUAAGGAAGGAGUUGGGUUUGCCUACAGUAAAUGUAGGCACUGUGAAUGCAACUUCGAAGAUAUGCAAAAUAAAUUUAAUGAAGAUUUGUUUGUGAAAAGGACAAUGGCAAGACAUAACAGGCAAUGCAGUGACAUUGAAAAAGCAAGUACUGAUUUCCUUAGAGAACAUCUAAAAACAACAUUUGGUAUAAACAGGAGAAGUAAAUUAACAGAAUUUCCCCACUUUGAUAUCAUUAAUCAAACACCACAGGACAUCAUGCAUGUUAUUCUCGAAGGUGUUGCCCCAUAUGAAAUCAAAUGUGUUUUGAAGCAUCUUGUACUUUCCGGACAUAUGGAUUUAGACACAUUUAAUAGUGGAAUUAUUGCUUUCCCUUACUCUCCUGUAGAUAUGAGGGACAAGCCUUGUCCCAUAUCUGUUACUACACUUUCAUCAAAUGACAAUAAACUUAAACAAUCAGCGGGGCAGAUGCUGGUUCUGUUAAAGAUUCUGCCAUUUCUCAUUGACACAACUGGAGAAAAUGCUCACACACAAUUGCUACUUAAGUUGUUGGAGAUAGUUAAAAUUCUGUUUUCACCUAUUAUUGCACUCGCAACUCUUCCUAGGCUGAAGCUUUUAAUUGAGCAGCAUUUAAGACAUUUCAAACAGCUGUUUCCAGAUUUAAAUAUUAUACCUAAACAACAUUACCUGCUGCAUCUUCCCUCCCAGAUUAAAGCACUUGGUCCUACUGUUGGGCAUAUGUGUAUGCGUUUUGAGUCAAAGCAUUGCUUUUUCAAGCAGUGGGCUAUAAAAAGUAGUUUUAAGAAUAUUUGUAAAUCUCUUGUGAAGCACAACCAACUGUAUGAAUGUAGUCAGAAUGUGCAUGACAAACAUCCUAUUUUUUGUAAUGACAUUGAAAUAGGCCCAACAUCUGAGGUGAAAAAUGUUCACUACAUAGAAGGAAAGAUCAAACAAUUCUUAGGAAUAGAGCAAGUUGAACAUGUAGUGUGUGCCCAGUGGAUUGCUCAAUAUGGAAAUAAGCAUACAUGUGGAAAAUCUUUGGUUAUUUCUAAUGUUUUCAAUAAUACCCCAUAGUUUGCAGUUGUGAAAAACAUAUUUAUUGUAAACGAAUCAGUGUUUUGUUUUGAAUGUCAACCUCUCUCUACAAUUGGUUGGAAUGAACAGUAUUUAUCCUAUGAGGUAGAGAUUCCUCACCUUGCACAAGCCAAUAUUUUUUUGAAUUCUGAAAACUGUGUGGAUUUUACACCAUACUAUUGUUAACUUUAAUAAUGCCAUAUUCAUUCCUGUGAAGUAUGAUCUCACCAACAUCAUGGCAUGUCACUCUUAAUAUGCAAUCCAUCAACUGUGGCCAUAAUGCAUGAUGCUGCAAUUGUGACGCUUUUGACCUGCAAAUUCAAUAAAGCUGUGUUGUCUCAAUUCAAGUUAGGUCUCUUUCUUGAAACAAGAUUAUUCAUCAUACAACCUACAUCUUGUGAGCAUAAAAACAUCAUGACAUGUUGAAAAAGCUUAUUUCAUCUAAAAUAUUUCUCAAAACAAGAUCAUUUCAAGAUCUUCUCACCUAACAAGAUAUUCAAGAUGCACUGUCUUGAAACAAGG